GCGCCGCAGCCCCGCCCGGCCGCGGCUCCGGCGGGCGCAGAGCGCCGCGAGCAGCCAUGAUGGAAGGCUCGGACGACGGCCCAGAUUUCCUCUCGGAGGAGGACCGAGGUCUUAGAGCAAUAAAUGUAGAUCUCCAGACUGAUGCUGCUCUGCAAGUGGAUAUCUCAGAUGCACUGAGUGAGAGGGAUAAAGUGAAAUUCACAGUCCAUACAAAGAGUUCCUUACCAAAUUUCAAACAAAACGAAUUUUCUGUUGUCCGGCAACACGAAGAGUUUAUUUGGCUUCAUGACUCUUUUGUUGAGAACGAGGACUAUGCUGGCUAUAUUAUUCCACCAGCACCACCCAGGCCUGACUUUGAUGCCUCCAGGGAGAAACUGCAGAAACUUGGAGAAGGGGAAGGAUCAAUGACUAAAGAAGAAUUCACCAAGAUGAAACAAGAACUGGAAGCUGAAUAUUUGGCAAUAUUCAAGAAGACAGUUGCAAUGCAUGAAGUGUUUUUGUGUCGCGUGGCAGCACAUCCUAUUUUGAGAAAGGACUUAAAUUUCCAUGUAUUCUUGGAAUAUAAUCAAGAUUUGAGUGUUCGUGGGAAAAAUAAGAAAGAGAAACUUGAAGACUUCUUCAAAAAUAUGGUUAAAUCAGCAGAUGGUGUCAUUGUUUCAGGAGUAAAGGAUGUGGAUGACUUUUUUGAACAUGAGAGAACAUUCCUUGUAGAAUAUCACAACCGAGUCAAAGAUGCCUCUGCCAAAUCUGAUAAAAUGACAAGAUCACAUAAAAAUGUGGCGGAUGACUAUAAUAGAAUUGGUUCUUCGUUAUAUGCAUUAGGAACGCAGGACUCCACAGAUAUAUGCAAGUUUUUUCUGAAGGUGUCAGAGUUAUUUGACAAAACAAGGAAAAUAGAGGCUCGAGUAUCUGCUGAUGAAGAUCUUAAGCUUUCUGAUCUUCUGAAAUAUUACCUUAGGGAAUCUCAAGCUGCUAAGGAUCUCCUAUAUAGAAGAUCUAGGUCACUAGUGGAUUAUGAAAAUGCUAAUAAGGCAUUGGAUAAAGCAAGAGCAAAAAAUAAAGAUGUGCUGCAAGCUGAAACUACUCAGCAAAUAUGCUGUCAGAAAUUUGAGAAAAUUUCUGAAUCAGCAAAACAAGAACUGAUAGACUUUAAGACAAGAAGAGUUGCAGCAUUCAGAAAAAAUCUGGUGGAACUAGCGGAACUGGAAUUAAAGCAUGCUAAGGGUAACUUACAGCUUCUGCAGAGCUGCCUGGCAGUGUUAAAUGGUGACACAUAAGCUACGUUCCGUCCUCCCACUAACAAGGGCUGCCCUCCUCUGGAUUUUGUUUUCAUGACUUUAAAUAGGCAUUUACAAUUCCCUGGAGAAAACAUUUGACAAAGUGCACAUAAGCAAGCUUCUUCUUUCAAAAGAAUUUAACAUGUGAAGGUAGCUCCAGACUAUAUGAACAGCAUACUUGUUAUACAUACAUAUUCAUGUUUAUUUAAUCAUGAUACGCUUUCAUUGUUCAGAAACCAAAUGCUCGGGUUUUGUGAAAAUAGCCAAUAUAAUAAUGUUCAUGUUAUGAAUACUAUGAUACAGCUGCAAUCUUAUUUACCUUUGUAAGUAAUUUCUGAAGAUCACCAUUUGAAGCACAUUGUUCAAAUGGCCUAAAUAUUACCAUUAGAUAUUUGAAUAUUGUUACUAUAAUGGCAUUGUAUACACUGUCUUUGUUUUUUUUUCCAUGUACUUAUAUCAAAAAACUUAUCUUUUUUUCAAUUGUGAACAUUUCUUAGAAAUUUUGGAGAACUUUGUGUAACCUUUAUAAUCAUGAUUUAAAAAGAAAAGCAGAUGCAUUAGUAUGUUUGCCUUAACUUGUAGACUAAUCCAAUUAUUGUAAAAUAAACCAUGAAAUCAGUGAUUUUUCUAAAA